GUUGACUCGAACUUGUUUGACCAAUUUCACGUUGCUGCUGGUAACUCCCAACUUAUUCUGAGGAAGUUACCGAGACACCAAGCAUCUCCUCGUCCUUCCUUCCUCGCCAUUCUCUCCCUCUCCAUCAUUGCAGGAGGAGAAAGAAAAGUUCACUUGUUUCCCAUUAAAACCACCUCCUCACUGAAAUUCCUAUCAUCUUCUUAUUCUGACACUUGAUAUUGACCGCAAAGAAGAGAGACAAGGCCAAAAGAGGAAACCCAAGAACCAAUGGAAGAGCAGGUUGCGAAUGUGAUUGUAGGUGGAGUCGUUUCGUGGACCAUGGCGUUCCUCAUGAUGAGGAGGAGCUUCCCGAAACGCUCGUUCGAGUUCUGCAACCGGAUGGUGUCGACCCUUCACUCGGCUCUGGCUGUGAUUUUAGCAUCUCUCUCGGUCCAAGACUGGAUGUCCCCGAUCUCUCCUUUGGCCUCCAAACCAUCGCCCCUCCAGACGCGAGCAUUGGCUGUGAGUCUAUCGUAUCUGAUCUACGAUUUCGCAUGUGGCCUAACUGGCGGGAGAGUGAACGUAGACAAUACGAUUCACCAUUUGGUCAGUAUUACCGGAAUCAGUGGAGGCCUGGUUUAUCAGAAGUGUGGAUCAGAGCUGGUAGCUGCGCUGUGGAUAACAGAGCUGUCCAGCCCAUUUCUCCACAUGAGAGAGCUUCUAAAGGAGCUCGGUUACAGGGACACCGACCUCAAUUUGGCCACUGACAUUGCCUUUGCGGUCAUUUUCUCGAUAGCGAGGCUGGUGGGCGGGCCUUACCUCCUCUUCAAGACCCUAACUUCUGACAACCCUUUCAUAAUCAAGGUUAUGGCACUGGGGUUGCAGCUGGUCAGUGCUUUCUGGUUUUACAAAAUUCUCAGAAUGGUGAAGUACAAGCUCACGAAGAGAACCGCUUCUUAAUAGACUGCUUAAACCCUGUAUAGGGCAAGGACAAACUGCAAUGUGAGAGGUAGGAUGGUAUUAAAAAUUAUUAAGGACCAAAGUUUGUGCAUUCUUUCGUGAAUUCAGGUGGUCGGAAAUUUUUCUGGAA